UUGAUCCCUUUUCUUUCUUUCUGAUCGCCUGCAGCCCCCUCCCUUUUCAUCUUCCUGGCCGUGUACUACCAACAUCACCAGUGUGCUGCUUGGUUAUCCAUUCGUCGGCUUCAUUUCGCCUCUUAACGGUCUGGAAGCGGGACUUUGCUCUUCCGCGACCGUGCUUUAUCGCCGAAGAUGUUGAAACCUUUCCAGAUCAGAGAUCUUCAUGGAUCUCCAUCACAUACCUCUGCAGCAGAGUCCCUGACGUCUUCCCUGCCCUUGCCAAGUGAACUGGCAUCGCCUAGGUCUCGUCGGGGCAUCGUGCAGCUGUCUGCUUCCGAGUACGACAAUCUAGCAUCGAAUCAUCCCCGGGCACGGCUAACUUACGUUGACGACGAUGAUGGCGAGCUUAUCACAGUUGGAUCAUCUCUUGAACUCUCUCAACGCCUCGAUGAACCCGUUGACCCUGCAACCGACCCUGUCCCGAUACCGCAAGCUGCCAUCCCUGAACCGAUGCACCUUUUCGAUAUUCGACGGUCAAAUUCGAUAACUGAAUUGUGGAAGAAGUUUGAAUUCAAGCAGGAAGUGAAGGCCUCUCAGGAUGCGGAUAAUGUCCAGGCCGGGUCAACAUCUGCGGAUGUCCCAGCUGCCAGCGCCCCAGCAGAGGUGCAAUCAGGGGCGGAGCAUGAGCAUGUCGAACCUACCAGUAAUGAUGAGACGGCGCCUCUCUUGGCCGCUUUCGAGGCCGAAUUGGCCAAGAUCCUGGAUGCUUCCAGGGCUGUGAAUGAUGGCAACCCAUCGGAAGGACCUUCAAUCUCCGCCCAGGGGGCCACGGGGACCGAAUCCUCUAGGCCUCCAAACCCCACCGAUGCGUUUACGCAUGCGAUACAGAAUCUGCUCAACGGGGCUGAAAUGCUCAGUUCUGGGGUGAGGUCAAGUAUCCCCGAGAUUGAGCGGCAUAUGCAGAAUGCCCAAAGGGCCCUUCCUGAAAAUGUUGGGGCCUCGGUACAAGGUGCUCUCACGGCUCUGGAAGCCCAGAUGAGGCAGCUGACCACCUCGAUCAAUAACUCGACGGUUGCUGGUAUACCGACAGGGAAUAUCCUUCGAGGUGAGCUUCCCACAGCCGCCGACACCGUGGACAGUCUGCGCGCAAUGGCAUCGGAACUUGGCAAUGUAGGACAUACCUUGUUCGAGGCGUUCGAGUCGGAGUUUGGGUGCAAUCGAACUAGCGGUCAGCCCCAGGCUUCCCCUGAGGAGCAUCACGGUGUGCUCCACCCCGACCACGUGGAAACCCCCAGACCGUCUGACGCCGUCCCGGCUAAUGAUGCAACCCCCGCUUCAAGAGACCAACCGUCUCAAAAUCAAGACUUGGGGAGGGACAAGACUGAGCCCAAAGUGAAAGAACGAACGAAAGAUUCUGGCUUCGAAGACAGCUCAGAUCAACCUUGGGAGGCUAGCAGUUCCGGUCAACCAGGCGGCCGUGGCCAGCCAAACUCACACCCUUUCCAACCUCCUCAUCGGGGAUAUCACGGUGGUUUCUCCCACCGAAACUGUCGUCCUCCCCCACCACCACCUCCGUUUCCGCAUUCUCAUCCCUAUCACCCUCACCCCCCUCAUCCUUUCUUCGGCCCACCACCUCACCACUUCCCUCCACCACCCCCAGGUCCACCUGGUCAAUGGCCGAUACCCGAGGGUUUCAACCAUUUAGCCCGGGCACAGACCUUCCCUGCUGGGCCUCCAUAUACACCUCAUUAUCCACAUAUCCCCUCUCCCUCGCAUCUAACGCAUACCCAUGCACACCCACAUGCACACCGGCGUCGGCACAGGGGUUGGGGCCCAUCCCCAUUUCACCAGCAUACUCAUCACGAAACACGUGGAAUACCCAGGAAUGAUGUAGUGUCGGCUGAACGAGAUGGCGCUGCGGCCUCUGAGGCACAGCUCGCCACGGACACAUCAUUGUUCAUCGGAAAUGUGGGAUUCAAUGUCAGUGAGAAGAUGAUUCGCGACGUUUUCGCCUCUAGGGGAUUCUUGGUGGAUGUUCAUCUGCCCCUGGACGUCGGGACCGACAAGCACGCUGGGUUUGGCUACCUGUCUUUCCCGUCCGUCCCUGCAGCAAAGGCGGCCUUGGAAGCACUGCAGGGCACACAUAUCGACGGACACGCAAUCAAUUUGGAAUUCAGUGACCAGAGCCCAAUUGCGAGGCUGCGUUCUGAGGAAUCCCGACUCCAAGCUGAAUUGAGCGGACCAGUGCCUGCUGUUAGUGACCAUAAAUCAAGGCCAUCUGAGCUUCAAGGCUCAACAGCCACGCUCGCCGGGUCAGAGAAGGCCUCCUCGAAAGAAAGUGCCGAAGAAAAUGGGUCUACAUCGCCAAGUGGUAAACGUUCCGUGCCGCUAACCGUAGCGGACCUAUGUUCCAACGAGAACCGCAACCUGGGCAACGCAAUAUCUGCCGCAAACGGCCCGGAAGGGUCGUCCCUGGAGGAUUCUGAACGGCUCAAUUCACUCUACCCGUCUCUCCAGCCUGAAAGUGUCCUAGGACCGGCACCCCCGGAGCCCAAUUCCGCGUUUGACCCUAUUCCCGAUCUCACCCGUGAGUUGGAGGAAUGUCGCUUUCCUCCAGUAUCGCAGCGUGAAGCACACUUCCUAGCUGAGCAGAAUCCAGAAGCGGAGUCAUCUCCUGCACAGGCAAGAUCUCAAGGCAAAGCACCCGAGGGUAACACCGAGGGGCAGAGUGCGAGCAGUGAUGCUAUGCUGCAGGGACUCCCCGGUACGUUCCCGUACGAAGGCCGCGAGGGCUCGUCAGCACAGCCGGAACGAUUCUCAGAAAAUCGUCAGUUGUAUGACAUGCCUGACGAGGGAGCUUUCGGGCCUCGCCGUCACGUUCGACGCUCAAAGACCCAGCGGUCACCCCGUUCUUCUUGGGGAGAUUCUGGUCUUUCUGGAUACUUGGGAAGGGACAGCCCGCGCAGCAUGUCCGGCUGGAGACCGGAAGGCCGCCACCGUCACCGCGGAGGACGUCGCAACAGCUUCGAGAGCCCGUUGUCCGAGACCCAAAAUGUUCAUCCGGAUGCGAGACAACGCAGCAUUGACGAGUGCGUGUCCACCCUGGUUAGCUUGGGAUAUGGUGGGGCAAGCGACGGCGGACAUCAGAGAAUCGCGGUGUAUGCUGCGGCUGCGGAUGGCAAGGUGGGGGAUGCGAUUGAGAUGAUUGAGGAAGAACGAAAGGCCUACGAACAACAGGGAACGACGAUGUGAUGACAACCUUGCUAGUAAUACUUUUGCAACUCGAUAUGACCUAAUUUCGUUGUGUUCUGGCGGG